GCUUCGUAAAAUCGGAAGGCGUCGAAUUUUCACGCGUGUUUACAAUUUCUAAGAAGUUCUCGAACAUUCGCUAAGUUUACAGCUAAAUCAGUUAAAAAUAUUGCAUUGGAGGUUGAUCAGUUUACUCCUUAGAUUGUUUUGAGUCGUACCUGGACAAAUUAUCUUUCUGAUUGAAGCAUAUAUUUCAGACCGGCAUUUUUCUAUUUUUUUCUUCAAUUUUGUUAAUUUUCCUGCCGACGGCAAAGGAGGUGAAACAUGUCCGUUGUUGGGAUUGAUGUCGGGAGUUAUACUUCUUAUGUUGGAGUUGCAGCGGGUGGUGGUAUUGAAACCAUAGCUAAUGAGUACAGUGAUCGAUGUACCCCAUCUUACGUUUCUCUCGGUGAAAAGAAUCGAAGUGUUGGCACAGCCGCCAAAAAUCAAGCAACAACCAAUUUGAAAAACACGAUUACUUGCUUCAAAAGGUUUUUAGGGCGUAACUUUGAUGACCCGAUGGUACAAAAUGAAGUCAAAACAUACCUUAAGCCAUUUACAGUUGUGGCUGGGUCUGGUGGAGAAACUCUUAUUGAGGCAAACUACUUGGGGGAGAAGCAGUUGCUCAAACCAGAGCAAUUAAUGGCAAUGUUAUUGACCAAGUUAAAGGACACAGGAGAAAAGGCAUUGAAAACCAAAGUUGUUGAUGUUGUAAUAUCUGUACCUAGUUUCUAUACGGAGUUGGAAAGGAAAGCGAUGCUGGCAGCAUGUAAAAUAGCGAGUCUUAAUUGUCUGAAGAUAAUGAACGAUACUACUGCUGUGUCUCUUGCAUAUGGUAUCUACAAACAAGAUCUUCCAGCAGAGAAUGAGAAAUCUCGUAAUGUUGUGUUCGUGGAUUUAGGAUAUAGUUCCAUGCAGGUUGCUGUCACUGCAUUCAACAAAGGCAAACUCAGGGUCUUGGCAACACAGUCAGAUGCCAACUUGGGAGGACGAGAUUUUGACCUUUUAUUGGUCAAUCAUUUUAUAGAAGAAUGGAAAACUAAGUACAAGAUCGACGUACUCGCCAAACCGAAAGCGUAUAUACGACUGACACAGGAGUGUGAGAAACUGAAGAAAUUGAUGAGUGCAAAUACUCAGCCUAUUCCUAUAGAUAUUGAAUGUUUUGUGGAUGAUAAAGAUGUACAUGGUAAAAUGGAGAGAUCAAAGUUUGAAGAAAUGGCUGGACCAUUAUUACUAAAGGCAGAAGCAGUAUUUAAGAAAAUACUUGAAGUUUCUAAGAUGAGUCCAGAUGACAUAUAUUCUGUAGAAGUAGUGGGUGGAGCAAGUCGUAUACCUUCGAUCAAGGAGCUAGUUUCCAAAGUUUUUAGGAAGGAACCGAGCACAACAUUAAACGCAGACGAGGCUGUUGCUAAAGGCUGUGCCCUGCAGUGUGCAAUUUUAUCACCAACAUUCCGAGUACGUGACUUUGCUAUACAAGAUUGUCAGUUAUACCCUAUUACUCUAUCAUGGCAAGGUGGUGGCCUUGAUGAGGACAGUUCUAUGGAAGUGUUCCCACAAUUCCACCAAUUUCCAUUCUCGAAGAUGUUAACAUUCUACAGGAAAGAACCAUUUACAUUAGAGGCAAGAUACAGCAAUCCUAGUCAAGUUCCAAGUCAUCAAUCUGGUAUAGGUGUAUACAAUAUAACAAAUGUUCAACCACAAGCAAACGGGGAAAGUUCUAAAGUGAAAGUGAAAGUAAGAGUUAAUAACAACGGUCUGUUUACUGUACAGUCAGCAAGCAUGUAUGAAAAACUUGAAGGUAAAGAGAAUGAACAAGAAUCUGAAUCUAUGGAGACAGAGCCCCCUAAAGAAGGACAAGCUAAACAAAAACCAGAGAAUGAACCUAUGGACACAGAACAAGGUCCCACAGAAGCCCCACCCACAGAAAACAAUACUGAACAGAAAGAUGCUGAAAUGAAAGAAGAAGGCAAAAAUGAAAAGAAGGAUGAAGGCAGUGCAAAAAAAGAGAAGAAACCGAAGGUUAAAAGUAUUGAUUUACCAGUAGAAUCCUAUAGUUCUGACUUCCCAGCUGAUGUGAUAAACCUGCUACAGGAGAAAGAGAACCAGAUGAUGAUGCAGGAUAAGUUAGAGAAGGAAAGAUGUGAUGCUAAGAAUGCAGUAGAGGAGUAUGUGUAUGAGAUGAGGGACAGACUGUGUGGGCCAUAUGAAGAAUUCUGUCAAGAGGAUGUACGUGAAAACUUUAACAAAUUACUUGGAGAUACAGAAGACUGGUUAUAUGAUGAAGGUGAAGAUCAACAAAAACAAGUCUACCUGGAUAAACUAGCAGAACUUAAAAAAUCUGGUGACCCAAUUGCAACAAGAUAUAAAGAGUUCAAUGAGAGACCUGCAGCUUUCAAUGAGUUAGGUGCCGGUUUACAGCAUGUAAGAAAAUUCCUGGAUGCCGUAGAGGCAAAAGAUGAAAAGUUUGAGCACUUAGAAAAAGCAGACAUUGACAAAGUGAAAAAAUGUUUGAAGGAGAAACAAGAGUGGUUUGAUAAACAAAUGAAUGCACAGAACAAGUUGAAAAAAUAUGAAAAUCCAACUGUAUUAACAGUUCAAAUUAGAGAUACUAGACAGAGCUUAGAUACAACAUGUAAUCCAAUAAUUAACAAACCUAAACCAAAGCCGAAAGAGGAACCACCAAAAGACGAAAAGAAAGACGAGAAAAAAGAUGAGAAGAAGGGAGAUAAAGCAGAAACAAAAGGCGAAGAGAAGAAAGACUCGCCAGCAGGUGAUGCAAAACCUAACGGUCCAGCUGAUAUGGACGUAGAUUAAUGGAACAAUAAUUAUGCUUAGAAUCAAUAAAUUAUUCGAGUCUUUAACAUUUGUUAUUGUAUCGACAGUGAAAGACAUGUUUAUAUAUUAAGCUUUUUUGUGAUAAGCUGUACGACACUACAUGUAUUUAAUGAAGUUAUAUUUUCAUUUUUCGAUGCUAUGUGAGUGCUAAAUGAAUGAAAAAGGCGAACAAAAUCACCAGACAAGUUUUGAUUCCGCUGGAGUUAAUUAAUUUACAAAUGAGAAACAGUAAUCAUUAUGACAGUUCAUUUAAAAAGGGAACAUUUUGCAAUAGAAUAGUUUUUAUUUGUCACUUUAAUAAAACUAGGUUAAUAUUUGUAUUUAUUACUCUGGACUAAGGCAUAUCACUGAAAAUUUGCUGCAAACUAUCUACAAAGUUAGGCUCAGGGAAAGUCCUAACAAAAAAAACCUGUCAUCUCGCUCGUCUGAAAUCCUACAGUUUCAGAUAUUUAAAGAAUGUAUUCAUGGUUCAAAUUGCACAUUGAUUUAAGAAUAAAUAUUAGAUGUUUGCGAUUGAACUUUUUGCAUUGAGGCAAUGCAGGUAUUUCAUAUUAUCAAAGUAAUACUUUUGCACUGUGUGUUGACUUACACUGGAUUAUGGAUAGUUAAGAAUUGAUUGAUCAGUGUUUAUUUGUUUGUGUUAGUUUUUUUAAAAUACAAAUGUUUUGUUUCUGUUUUAAUGGUAAUUUUAUUUGUCUGUGGUAUUAAAGACGUUAAGCAUAUUUUCUCUACAAUACACAUGUUUCAGAAUAUAAUUAUUCAACAUAUCACAUAAAAGAAUGUUUUAAUUCUUGACUGAAUUGUUGAAAGAUUUACAUCACUGGCAACAAUCAUGUAUGUAUAUCUAUAUUAAGACACAUACAUUUUGUAUUGCAUUGCUAUUUCUAGCUUGAAAUGUUAAAAAAAACUAUGCAGGCCCAUUUUUCCUGGUGAAUAUUUGUUCAUUUUAACCAAAUUGAAUAUAUAUAUUGUUUUACCAACAAUAGAAAAGAAUCUAGUUUUUACUACAUUGCAGUUUAUUGUUAAUACUCAAUAGGAUUGUUACUAUCUGUAUUGGUAAAAUAUUCAGGGUAGACUGACUGUGCAGGAUAGUACUUGAAUUCUGGUUUAUAUAGCCAAGUUUUUAUGGACUGUUGCUGAAUUUUGAAAUGGUUUAGAAUAGCAUUUAUUCAGAAAUACGGCUGUUUUAUUUCUUUUGACAUGCAAAGUCUUUUGUGACAUUCUAUCUGCUGUUUUGACAAUUCUGAAUAUUAUAUUCCAAAUUUAUGAUGUAUUCUUCAAUUUCUUGUAUUUUUUGGGCUGCAGCAGGAAUUCUACAAGGAAAUUAAUUGCGUAAAGUAUGCUGUUAAGUUUUAAUUAUUUGUACAAUACAAAACUUAGCCAAGUAAACUUGCUUAAAUCAUGCAUAAAUCAAUGCAGCCAUUUCACUGGAAUUUAAUAAAUAUAAAACCUUGUGUAUUUUAAACAAUGUAUUUCAACCCCUGGUCAGUUAACUUCAAGUAAAUUAUGGCUCUUCAGAUAUAAAAUAUAACCUAGUCUGUUAAAACAUACAAUACAGUAGAACAAUACAGUAGAACUGAAUGAAUUUGCAUCUUCAUUUGUUAACAAAGCUUGAAACCGUAAGUUGAGUUGGUGAGAAAAAAAAAGAGUGCUAGGCAUUUAAUACACUACUUCAUUGAUUUAUAUGUUAUAUAUACUGCCUUAGAUGAUAAAAUUAAACCAGUUUAGUCAAUUUCAAAUUUUUUUGUUUAAUAAUAAAAAGUUGGUGUAACAUCCAAAUUACUAAAUUCAAUGAAAGGAGUUAAAUGUAUUAAUCAAUUUUGUAAUGAUUUCAUAUGUAAAUUGUGUUAGUACAUGUUGUCAUGUAUGUUGCAAUUAUUGUGCAUGUUUCAUCAACAUGUUAAUAUAAAAUAAACAAUCAACAGAGAAAAAAACAA